CACAUGGAGAAGGAUAACACACUGGCAGGGAUUUGAUAAUACACUCAUCUGCCCACAUAACACAACACAACACUACAAGGAGAUACUGGACUGUGCUGAAUCUUCUCCUCCUGCUCGAUAUGGACUAAUUUCUUCUGAGUGGACUAUUACCGCCUGCACUAUGUUCCUCAAGGCGUCUCUGGAGGAUUUCGGCCUCAAUUAUACCCAAGUAAAAUGGAGGAUAGUUUUGACUGCGACUGUGGCGAGCUUGAGCCACCUGAUCACUGAGGGUGAAAACUUACUUUGAAGACUCUAAGGCCAGACACAUUUCAGUUUUAUAGAAAACUAGGUAGAUAAAAAAGUUGAAAAAAAAAGUUACACGGCACGUUUCAUAUGACGCAGCUCAGGACCAGUCAUACACUGAAUGUAUCUGCACUGUAAGGAUGCAACUACAUGCUUUUAUAGUUCGACAUAGUCACAGUGCUUUUUAAUCAGCCUCCAAGUUCAUUCCAUUGCAGUCUAUUAACACUAGUCUAUCACAAAAGUCAUCUAAAGGUAGCCAAACAUCCAGAAUUGUGGUGGAGUUCAUGUCUUUAGUUUUUUCUCUCAUUAUUUAACAUGGAAAGAACAUUAGAUAACACAAUAGUGCCUCCUAUCUGACGGUGAGGGCUAGACAGGGGGACUUGGUAGUCAUCCGUACAAGGGUCAGUUAGCUGAGCCUUUUGAAGCAGUGGGGUGAUUGUCCAAUAAAUUCCUCAGUUGGUGUAAAAGUUGGACUUUAAAAAACAGGCCAGAGACCAAGCUUCAGGGAAAGCGGAAGUUUGGUGUGAAAGCUGAAAACAGUCGUCAUGGCAGAGAAGUUUGAGUCGCUGAUGAACAUCCAUGGCUUCGACCUGGGUUCUCGCUACAUGGACUUGAAGCCUCUGGGCUACGGAGGGAACGGCCUGGUGUUCUCGGCAGUCGACACAGAGUGUGACAAGCGUGUAGCUGUGAAGAAAAUUAUCUUAACUGACCCCCAGAGUGUGAAGCAUGCGCUGCGGGAAAUCAAGAUUAUCAGACGUCUCGACCAUGACAACAUUGUUAAGGUAUUUGAGACACUGGGCCCCAAUGGUCGCAGGCUAACGGAGGACGUGGUGUCCCUGACAGAGGUCAACUCGGUCUAUAUUGUACAAGAAUACAUGGAGACUGACCUGUGUCAGCUGCUGGAGAGGGGCCUUCUGUCUGAGGGCCAUGCCAGGCUCUUUAUGUACCAGCUUCUCAGGGGCCUUAAGUACAUCCAUUCCGCCAAUGUGCUGCACCGCGAUCUCAAGCCUGCCAACCUGUUUGUCAACACAGAGGAUUUGGUUCUGAAGAUUGGGGACUUUGGACUGGCCCGCAUCAUGGACCCCCACUACUCUCACAAGGGUCAUCUCUCUGAAGGUCUCGUCACCAAGUGGUACAGAUCUCCUCGCCUGCUGCUCUCUCCCAACAACUACACCAAAGCCAUCGACAUGUGGGCCGCCGGCUGCAUCUUUGCUGAAAUGCUCACAGGGAAAACUCUCUUUGCUGGAGCCCAUGAACUGGAGCAGAUGCAGCUGAUCCUGGAGUCCAUCCCUGUGCUGCGGGAGGAAGACCGACAGGAGCUCCACAGUGUCAUUCCCGUCUUCUUCCGCAACGACAUGUCCAAGCCGCACACACCAUUGGCCAAGCUGCUCCCCGACGUCAGUCCCCAGGCCUUGGAUUUCCUGGAGAAGAUCCUGACCUUUAAUCCCAUGGAUCGUCUGACUGCGGAGGAGGCCCUCGCUCACCCCUAUAUGGCUGACUACUCCUUCCCCCUGGAUGAGCCUGUAUCGCUGCACCCGUUCCACAUUGAGGAUGAAGUAGAUGAUAUCCUGCUUGUGGACCAGAGCCACAGCCACACAUGUGACAGGUAUCAUGAGAGCCAACUGUCAGAGGCUGAUUGGCACUUGCACAGCACCCUCGACCCAGACGAAGUUCAGGUUGACCCAAGAGCACUCUCUGAUGUAACCGAUGAGGAGGAGGUUCAGGUGGAUCCUCGUAAAUACGCCGAUGUAGAUCGUGAGAAGUUCCAGGACGAGCCGUCUUUUGACUACUCCAGUCUGUUCCCGCCAGAGCGAUCCUGGCAGGACGACGACCACCACGAGAACAAAUACUGUGACUUGCAGUGUAGCAACACCUGUAACUACAAGGUCAUAUCCCCCUCUUACCUGGAUAACCUCAUCUGGAGGGACAGUGAAGUCAACCACUACUAUGAACCCAAACUCAUCAUUGACCUCUCCAACUGGAAGGAGCAGCAGAGCAAGGAGAAGGCGGACCGCAAGGCAAAGAGCAAGUGCGAGAAGAAUGGGCUGGUGAAGGCCCAGAUCGCACUGCAGGAAGCCGAGAAGACCCAGAGUCCAGUGGAGAAGGACAGGGAUCAGGAGAAGCAUCAGACAGAGAAACCUCAAGGUCAGCAGAACCAAGGCUUUGACUUUGACUCCUUCAUCGCCAGCACCAUUAAACUGAGCCUGCAGCCAGAGCCUUGUCAGGAGGUGGCGCUGCUCAGCGAAGUGGGCCUCCUCAACGAGCUCAACUUUUCCGUCUCCCAGCUGGAGGUUCCCCGCUCAGGCUCCAUUUCCAAGACCAUCAGUCGGGAGAAGGAGGAGAAGUGCCUGGUAAACCUCGCCCAGUUGGGCGGCGGGGGGUUGGGAGUUGUCAGCGGUGACAGCACCUGGCCCGCUUGCCCCUGGGAGACGUUCGGCUCCGGGGAGAGCAGCUGUUUGAUAGAUGAAGUACGCUGGGACAUUCGCAAAGAGGACCACUUCCAGAAGGACAGCACUUACACCAGUUACCUGGAUCGCCUGUUCAGCCGGAGGGAAGACGGGGCCGGAGACAUCGUGGCCACCCCCGAGACGGAGCCCUCGGAGGGGAAAGACCUGGACGAGAGCUUCCUCAGCAUGAACACGGAGCUUGUGCUGAAUAUGCAGCUGGACUCUCUGGCCCUGCCUGGGUUCGACAGCACCGAAGACUUGCCUCUAAAAUCCAUCCAGGCGUCCCUCACUCCCUGCGCGGUCAAAUGUUCCCCACAAAUAGCCCACAAAACAUACAGCAGCAUCUUUAAGCAUCUUAAUUAAAGAAACGUAUCCUCCCUUACAGUGCAAAAUCUAGAGAUUUUUUUUGUUUUGUUAAAUAUGAUAUUAUUGUACUUGAAUCAUUUCAUACCUUUUUUAUUAUGGUAACUUUUAAUUUUAUUUUUUAUGCGUUGGUGGGUGAUUUAUUAUCUUUAAGAGUUUUUUUUGGUCAUCACUCUGAGCCUUGACCACCAGGCCUUCAUGGGUUAACGUCCACGCCCUCAUUGCUAAACUGGCAUGUCACUCGCACAUUUAAGUACUGUAGAUGAUCAGAGAGAAGUGAAGUAGCAGAGAGAGAGAGAGAGAAAAGAUGGACAAAUCGAUAAAGAAGAGGAUGAAACGAGACGUGUGACGAGGAGGAUGGUAGAUGCUGACAUCGCUGUAAAGUGCUUUCAAACAGCCUCCCAUGAUUUGGAUACUUGUGAAACACGAGGACGGACGGUUGGCUUUUUCUUUUAAAAUUACAUUUUUGUUCCCCCCCCCAAAGAAAGCUUCCUUACGUUACGAACCCUUUCAUACUGUAAAUCUGACACAUGAUGCCAGCAGCAACCAUUAUCGUAGGCGUUGAUGUAAAUGUGUUAUCUACCUCAAGGUAACAGCCGCGAGAGACACUCGAAGCCGCACUAGUGCUUUACACACAUGACCAUCCUCAUACCCUGAAAAUGAAGUGGUCGCGUACAUGAAAUCUGUCUCACUUUAGCAUUUAACAUAGUGAGGUGUUUCAGUAAUCAUUAUUUAUUUCUAGCAGAUGUGUGAUAUUUAUUUUAUCAAAAAAAAGUAAUGUGUUGUUUCAAUGUGAUUAUUGAAGAUUGAAGAGUUGGGACAGACUUCCUUUUUUUUUUUCCAUUUCAGCACUAAAUGGGCGUGUAAGUGUUGCUUUGUUUUUGUUUUUUUUAAAAAUGGUAGGAUGCAAAUUCAUCUUGUGUUCCAAAAUAAGUCGAGGCUUUCCUUUUUACAUCAAAAUCGUCCUUAUGGAUACCAUUCUUUGUUUGUCUUUUUUUUAAGGUGCGAUUUUUAGUAGAAAAAAAAUCUGCUUUAUGGUUUAAAGAAGCGCCUAAAAGUCUUAAUUUUUUUUUAUCUAAAUGUAAUGUAAAAAAAAACAAAAAACAAUUGCGUGCAUGGAAAAAAGAGAAAGGUACAUUCAAAGUAAAAGUUGAUGGUGAGUAUAAUGUACAUCCGUUAUAAUUGUACGUUUUUUUCUUUGUACUUUUUUCCAGGCAAGCAUGAUGAAUUAGGUUAAGGUGUAGCAUGUAGGACACUUACGAACUUUUUUUGUAAUCAUUGGUUCCCCUGUUCUACAAAAUAUCUCAAAAUAAAAAUUACUGGCAAAGA